CCCCUCUUUACCGUUUAUAUUAUAUUCGCCGCACAUUAUAUAUUCACCUAAAAACAAUCUGAAAUUCUCUACACACAUCUCAGACAGACUCGUAAUCGCAGUGAAGAAAUGGGGCAGAUCCAGUAUUCAGAGAAGUACUUUGAUGAUACCUAUGAGUACAGGCACGUUGUUCUUCCUCCGGAGGUUGCUAAGUUGCUUCCGAAGAAUCGACUGCUCUCCGAGAAUGAGUGGCGUGCGAUUGGGGUACAGCAGAGUAGAGGAUGGGUUCAUUAUGCAAUUCACCGACCUGAGCCACAUAUUAUGCUUUUCAGGAGGCCCUUGAACUACCAGCAACAGCAGGAUGCUGCUGCUCAGCAAGCUGCCAUGGUCAAGUGAUACUCUUGACUUUUACUGCAGUAAUUUGGUUGUUAUCAAUUCAUUUCUUCUAGAAAUGAAGAUUAUGUUAUAUGGAAAACUUGUGUUUAUGAUUUAUGUUCUUUGAGGAACUUUUGGAUGUAUAGCUGGAAAAGCUGGGAAAUGUUAAAGAUUUAUGUUGAUCAUUUUCUUUCUUUAA